AUGGAUAAAGGAUUGCAUCCGCGCGUGGAUAUAACACCAUCAUUCCCUUUCGAGCUGCACUACAUCAAAGCAUUAUACCUAAAUCAUCAAUACAAAGAGUGUGCGCGCAAAUGCGAUGAUUUACUUGACCACCAUCAGGAUGAACCUGCACAUGUUAUCUUCCUCAGCCUCUAUGCUGCAUUGUCUCACGAAGGUCUUGCCAGAAUAAUGCACAUCUACUCUGUAUGUAGACUCCCCAAAAUCUCUGCAGCAGAAGCAGCCUACAACAAAGCACUGGAAGCAUGCUUGCAAGCAAAAGAUCGUCUCGAGGAGAGCUCGAGACUGUCCCUACCCGGUCUUGCUCUGAACGAUCCCGUUUCUAAGCUCGAAAGCACUCAUGCGCGCAAAAGAACCGACAAGCCAUCUCUUGCUCAUCUCGGCCCAGAACUGGAUCAGUCUCACACCAAAUCUAAUAAGCGCGCCGAGCGUAUCAACUUCAGCUGGCCACGCACUUUCACUCCCCUAUCCUGCGCAACAGUCAAGGCGAUCCAGUACAGCGUAUGUCAAGACAUGAUGACGCCCCUUGACGACCUCUUCACAGUCUCCCCAUCCGAGUCAUCAAGUGGUGCAACAUCUGCUCAGGAUACACCGAUCAGGACCGAGAACCUCAGCGCAAACAACAGCAACGAUUCGUUCGAUUCACCUCAUCCUCCGUCUCCGACGCCCUCCUGCAAAUCUGGCCAGCCUUCUGCUUCGCGUGCUCAAGCUGCUUACCUGAACCACCUCACUGCUCUCCAUGCUCAAAUCAGCACCCAUCUUCAGCAGCUGCUCGACUUGAAGCAUACCACCACUAUGGGACAAGAAGAGCGUAUCCGCCGUCAGAGCGGAUCUACUUCUUCCACCAGUGACACAAAAGCCAACACCAGACUGCCCCAAUCCCGCAGUUUCUGGAGCUUCAAAGACCCAGAGACAGAGAAUCAGGAGAAGCAGACUCGGAUUAAAGAAGGCAGAGCCAGAGGUUGGAAGUCGGAGAGAUUCGUGCCAAAGAAAUACGAGGAGCUGGCUGAGAACGCACUUGCCGAGUUGGAGUAA